UUCGGAUAAUUAUAAAGCAUGGCGCUUUACACAUAUAAAAAUGAGAAGGGUCCGAGUCCUAGAGACCAAAGAGCUGCAUAAGGACAGCUUUAUGUAGGCACAAUUUCUUGAUCAACCUCCUCACCAAAAUCCAAUAAAGAUAUGGAUUUUGGGUACCAAAGUAAGAUCUUUCUUCUUCUUCUUCUUCUUGUUCUUCAAGUGCAGGUGUUGGUUGCUGAAACACAAUUACUCUCAUUAUCAACAUACAAUAGCAAUUUUAGUGUUAGUAGUUCGUUGAGGGGAAAAAGAGUGGUUAAGAGAAAACCCGUGGGAAGAAAAGGGUUGUUAGGGUGUGAUUUGUACAAAGGAAGAUGGAUUGUAGACAAUUCAUAUCCUGUUUAUGUAGCUUCAAGCUGUCCUUACAUUGAUUCAGAGUUCGAUUGUCUUAAACAUGGUCGUUCAGACACUCAGUAUCUCAAGUAUGCCUGGAAACCAGAUACUUGCGACCUCCCCAGGUUUAAUGGGGUGGAUUUGUUGAACAAAUGGAGAGGGAAGAAGGUGAUGUUUGUGGGUGACUCACUGAGUCUGAAUCAGUGGGAAUCGUUGGCAUGUUUGCUUCAUGCGUCGGUGCCCAAUUCCAAGGCCACUUUUCUCCAUAGAGACGGCCUUACUUCCCUCGCUUUUCAGGAUUAUGGUGUGACGAUAUACCUGUAUCGCACGCCAUAUUUGGUAGACAUUCAGAAACAAAGUAUAGGGAAUGUUUUGAAUUUGAAUUCAAUUCAAGGAGGUGAUACAUGGAAAGGGAUGGAUGUGCUCGUGUUCAACUCCUGGCAUUGGUGGACCCACACCGGAGAUUUACAACCAUUUGACUAUAUACAAGAUGGGUCAACCAUCAUGAAAGAUAUGGAUCGUUUAGCAGCAUAUUAUAAGGGCAUGUCGACGUGGGGAAGAUGGGUUGACCUUAACGUUGACCCAUCGAAAACUAAAGUAUUCUUUCAAGGAAUCUCUCCUACACAUUACAUGGGAAAGGAAUGGGGAUCAUCAUCAAGAAAUUGUUAUGGGGAAUUACAACCGAUAGAAGGAUCAUCAUACCCAACAGGCUUACCCGAAGCUCAGUCAUUGGUGUGUUCCCGGGUUACCCGAUACUUGGAACCAACUUAUGUAUGCAUCUUUCCUCACAUGAUCAAUAGGAUGAAUAUAAUGGAAAUAUCAGAAGAUGAUGAUAUUCAGUCUCCUACACCUCCACCAAAGCCAAAUGACACAAGGAAAAAUAAACAAGUAAAUCCAAAUAACUCAAGUGUUGACGCCAAACGUCCUCGGAAACUAACAUUUGAUGUUUGCCCCACUAUGAAUUUCUCAAACGUGAUGAAAAAGUUGAAACUUAUUGUUAGUGUAAAAAGUGUGGUAAGGUUUAUAAUGUUGAAAGUAGAAUGGGUAUUGGAAAUUUGA